GGGAGAUGGGUGAGUGCUCCACCUCAACUUUGUCCUACUACAACCAACCCCUUCCAUCAACACCAUAAUUAUUGCGCGAUUGAGUUACGAGAGUUGCAUUUGCACUUUGCCAAGCUCAACUGCUCUACGCGCAUCAUCAGCGCUACAAAAACCAUCCAACAUGCCGCCCAAGAGUCAAAAUGCGCACGAUACGAAUCGCAAAGACGCAGCAGCAGCAGUGGAGACUCCUGUCGCGACACCUAGAAAGAAGAGAGGCCGCCCAACCAAAUCCCAGACAAGCGCUAGUCAAUCAAACCUAAUUGCGUCUGAGCCUCCAAAGAAACGCGGCAGACUCUCCAAAGUGACCGCUGAAGUUGACGCCGUGCUUCCAGACGCGUCCGAGCCGAUAAAACGCGGUCGGGGUCGCAAGCCAGACGCGUCCAAGUCGGCUGCCCUGGCCGCAACGUCCAACAAGGCCAAAGGAAAAGGCACCAAGGACGAUGUAGAAGCCGUCACCGACAUAGCAGAACCAACUCCACGAAGGCGUGGCCGCCCCCCCAAAGCAGAGGGCCUGGCCCUGAAGCGUGUGGCGGGCACUGCUCGUGUGAGCAAGCGCCAGGCCGCUCAAUCUAAGACGACCAAGUCGACCACCACCGCCUCUAAGUUGCGUACCCGGCUUCCACCAGCCAGCAAGGUGUCCAAAGGAGAGCCUGCCCCACCGCCAGCUAGGCGAGGACGACCACCCAAGAAUGCAGCACAAGCCCCUGCUGCUACUGCUCUUGCGAAGAAGAAGAAGAUACCCAGAGGUCGCAAAGCUGCUGAGUUGCCAGUCGCGAAGCCUACAAAGCCUACCAAGCCAUUGGCGUCCCGCAAGAUGCGUGGUCACACUGUACGCCAGAUCCCCGACAGAUAUAUUGUCCAAGUCGACCAGCUCUUGCAUGACCUGAUGCAGGCCGAUGCGGAUCCCAUGUUUGAGAAGCAGGUACAGGAAGAGGAGGCAAACCAGGCACAUGACAUGGAGGUUGAGGCUGACGUCGAGGACAAUGUCGAUGAAGAGAACAUGGUGCCGACCAGCGCCACUAUUGGGGACCAGGGCCCAGAAGACGCUCCACUAGACGCAGGUGCUGAAUCCGAAUCCGGCCAUCAGCAAGACAGUCAAGGUGACCAGUACUCGGAUGGCGUGGCGGAUGACUUGAGGCAAAGUGAAUCUACCUCGGACCAGAGUAGGGAGCAAGAGCAAGAGCAAGACUUGCAGUCCGAGUUGAACGGCGACUUUGAUGAUCCCCCCAGCCACGAGGACGAAGAUGGUAUCCUUGUUCCCCAACAGGAAAUCGAUAUGCCAGAUGAGGAGUACGCAAAUGGUGCCGAAGGCGGACAAUUACUGUGAUUCACAAAGGGUCAACAAAAUAAGCCCAUGAAAGAGCCCAGUGUCGUAUUUCCACCGUCUUGGCUAGACGGUGGAUUUAGUCUCUUGCCACCUAGCACUUGAUCUACAUACAUCGAGCCUCUUUCCGUAGGUGUAGGGAAGCAGCCUUGCGGUCGGGCACUAAGCCUGCGACCGGUUCUAUUACUUUCUUUCUGGUCCAUGCGUGUGACAAGCAUGCUCCCAAAUCACCUGCU